UUCGCUGUCGCUUUCUACGAUGCCUUUGAAGCGUUUUCUUAGUGUACAUGGAUUUUCACAACAUGCAGAUGAUUACGACGAAGCCUUACUCUGCACUGCAUGGAUGUUGAUGUUAAAAAAGUUUCAUCAAGAAUGUUUCCAGAGAACAAGCUGUUCAAGUUCGAGAAUUACGGUCUCGGGACGUUUGUGUGAUGGGAAACCUGUGCUGCGGAAUUCGUAUUUGUGUUUUGGUAACCGACAGCUGGCAAGCAAAUUUUAUGGCAUUGGUCGCAUAUUGCCUGUUAAGAUGGAGAUGUUUGAAAUGUUCUCGUGUUGUUUGUCACUAAUGUGGCUGUAUUUGUUGACUGACUGGAUAUUUCUGUGACUAGUAAUCUGCAUUAUCUGGUUGGCGGAACAUUGUUAUCAGAAAGUUUUCGAACAAGAUGCUUUUUGGCACUAUGAUUCGUUAGCCAUUUGUCUCCCGGAAGUCCUACUGCUUCAUUAUUGAGUUUACCAAAACAGUUUACAUGCAAAUCUGAACACCAGUGAGAAAGUUGAAGAAGAGCCUAAUCCGUAAUUGCAGAUGUAAAACGAACGGAGAAUGCUCAGGUUUUUCGUUGUAGCCAUUUUGGUAGCUUGCGUCAAUGGAUCCCAGAAGAAAGGCGUAUCUGCAUAUCCUCCACAAAUACUUUGUAAUGAUUUCAAAGUAUUGAAUAACGUGUCAUGGUGGUACGACUGGUCAAGUAACCUUGACCGCUAUAACACAAGGAGGUUACACCACUGCCCGACACACAUGGCCCCAGCCCCCGAGCACGUGCCGAUGAUAAAGACAAUAUGGCCAACCGGUACCCAGCCAACACUCACGCCGGGAGCCAAGUUCGUCUUGGGCUACAACGAACCGAACCAUGUAGAUCAGGCUAACUUGACUCCAAAACAGGCGGCGGACUUCUGGCCAGAAGUUGAACGGGUGGCGGCGGGGCUCCCCCUGAUUUCGCCAGUAACAGCAGGACAGAACUUCCCUUGGCUGGAUGAGUUCUUUCGCCUUUGCCACAACUGUCGCGUGGAUUAUAUCGGCGCUCAUUUAUAUAGCUGCAGCGCGGACCAGGUGAUGCACUUCCUUCAGCAGCUGCACAACCGCUAUCACAAGAAGGUGUGGCUCACGGAGUUUGCGUGUCCACACUCGUGGGACGAGAACGCCCAGCUUCACCUUAUGCAGACAUUGUUGCCCAGACUGGAGGCUGCAAACUACGUAUACAGGUAUGCUUGGUUUGAGGCGCGUAUAAAACACCAGUUCGGGGAUGGUUUUGUCACCCCCGCGGCCAGCCUUCUCCACAACAACUCUGCAACGCUGACCAAGAUUGGUCGCUUCUACAAUGACUUCGAACCCAGUAGUUCCACCCAUAUUGUUGGUUAAAAUAAAGAGUGUGCCAUGAUAUGAUUAAAUAUUAAUGAAGGUUUAAAAGGGCCCUGUCGUUGCACGUAUUUAUUCCACAUGAGAUUUCCUCCUGUUAAAAAUUCAAUUUAAUUUUCAUGCAACGUUGGUAUUUAAAAACUUCAUUUAUAAUACCAAUAGCAAUUGAGCUAUAUACCCACUCGAUCGAUCGAUCAUCAUCAUCAUCAUCAUCAUCAUC